GCGCGCCGCCUGGCCAUUCCCCGUCACCCUUUUCCGUCGCCACGUCUCCGUUUCGAAAAGUGUUUCGUCCCCAAUCUCCUCCCCCUCUCUCGGACCCGUCGCGGCGCCGGCGAGCGAGAGAUCCCCGCCGAGAUUCCAGGCGCGACCCCCGCCGCGAUGGCGAGAAGGUGGCAGGUCUGGGGCCGGCCCGACGGCAGCCAACUCUGGAUCCCCGCCCCCGACCCCGACGCGCCGCCGCCGCCGCCCGCCGCGGCCCCGCCUCUUCCUCCGCCGGGGCGCGCCGCGGGGACAGCCGCCGCUUCAUUUGAGGACGCGCAGGUCAAAGGCCGGGGCGCUGCUGACGGAUGCCGCGUCGAGUCCAUGGCCGACCUCCUCGUCCAAGCGCGGAACAAGCUGCUCGAAGGUGAUGGGAUGGCCGGAGCAACCGGGGAUGCAGGAAAAGGCAAGCUGUUCUGCACUGGAUCGGGGAGACCAGUGUCCCUCAGCGAGAGGGCUAUAAGGAAGGCCAGGGCGUUGGUCGGGGAGGAUGUGGAGAAGGCUGGUAUUAAGAGAAAGCAAUCAUUUGGCGAUGUACCUGAUGUAGAGGGCGGAUUGAGAGAAAUGGGCGCCCCAUUUAGAGGUGGAACCAUGCCCCCAUUGUUCCAAACUGGGUCAGGAAAAGCGGUCUUGCCGGGCAGGAACUCAAUCCAAAAGGCAAGAGCUAUUUUAGAAGAUGUUGAUAGUGCUGCUGGUGCCGCACAACCAAUGUUCCGUACUGGAAUGGGUAGGGCGGUUCCUGUGAACCGGACCCUUAUUGACAAGGCAAGAGCUGUUUUGGAGGGACAAACAGCUGUAGAACAAGGUCAUUAUGAUGAGAGUGUGGACGGCAUGGAACAGUUUCCAUUGUUCCAAACUGGUUCAGGAAGAGUUGUAUCAGUCAGUUCAGCAUCUGUUCAGAAAGCUAAGUCUGUGUUGAAGGAUAAUAAUACAAGCAAGGAAAAUACAGAGAGUUUUGGUAGGCCUGACCAUACAGAGAGUUUUGGUAGGCCUGACCAAACUGGUUCAAGAAGACCAGUCAUGAUCAGCGAAAGAUCCAUUGAGCGAUCUAUAGAUGCGGUGAAUGAGGGAGAUGCGGAAAAGAGUGGACAUUGGGAUACUGGUUGCCAGUUCCCAAUGUUCCAAACAGGAUUAGGGAAGCCUGUUGCUGUGAGCUGGAACUCAGUUCAGAAGGCAAGGGCAGUAUUGGAGGAAGAAAAAAUUAAAACAACUGGACAUGGAGAUAGCAGUUUUUGCGCCACAACUCUUCAAAGUGAAACGCCAAGGUCUGUUUUGAUGAGUAGCAGUUUGAUCAUGACUGAUAGAAGUGUUACACCGAAUGGAGAUAGUGCAGUGCAAGAGAAAAAUCACGAGGAUGGCAACCACUUGCCGUUGUUUCAAACUGGGUCAGGGAGGUCAAUUGCUAUAAGUAAGAGCUCAUUUAAGAGGGCAACUGCAGUUCUGGAGCCAAGGAAUAUUACAAAGGAAUUGGAAGAUGAAGCUCAUUUAGAUGGUGGCCAUGAUACUCCCAUGUUCAAAACUGGAUUAGGAAGGUCUAACUUAGCAAGUGAUGGCUGUAGAACUGAAUUGUGUAUCUUAGAAGCUGAAGAAGCAGUCAAAAGUGUAAACAAUUACAACAGAGAAGCCUUUGUUGAAGUGCCAGCGUUCCAAGCUGGGAUACAAACGUUUGUACCCCAAAACAGAAGUUCAAGUCGUAAGGCCAGUAUGCUUUUGGAGCAACGAAACUUCACGGAGAAAGGAUACAAAGACUCUGGAAGUCAACUGCCAAUGUUUCGAACCGGAUCUGGAAAGUCAGUCUUGAUUAGUGAAAGCUCAGUGCAGAAAGCAAAGGCUGUUCUGGAGGAAGAGGUCAAAAUAAACAGAGAUAAUCAUAAUCUCCUUAACAUGGACAAAAAUAUUCCUGUCUUUGCUUCACCUCUCAAGACAAGCUGUGCAAGAACAGUUAAUAUAUCUUCAGCUGGUGUAUCUCGAGCUGCUACUUUGUUGGGCUUGGAGGAGAAUACCCUUUCAACACAAUUUUUUGGACAUGUGGGCGAUAAGCUUGGCACGAAAAUAAAAUUUGAACGGAAAAAUCCAGAACAGAGGCUUGCAUCUGGUCCAACAGAAAACCAAGUGCGUAAGGAACCACACCGGCCAUUUGAACUUUCUAAUAACACAGUUUCUGAUUCUGGUGAACAUUCUAUCAGAUUCAGUACCGCGGGAGGCAGAUCAAUGGCUAUUUCUAGUGAUGCACUUCAACGUGCGAGAAGCCUUCUGGGUGAAUCAGAUCACGUGGUUUCAACAAAUAAUUUAGUAGGCUGCUCUUUGGCAUCUGCAUGUAAUGUUGAGAUGCCAAAUUCAACCGUCGCCCCAAAAGGUGGACCUGAUUUAUCAAAAAUAAGUAGGGUCAAUGGAAAAACCGAACUUACAACAUUUUCCCACCAGGCAAUGUCUGAUAGGAAGCACACUGGAUCCUUUGAAAAUGCUGUACCUGUUAUCCCGGCGACUAACAAACAACCCAAUAUGUUUCAUGUUGGGAGUCGUUCAAUCAGUGAAAUUCCAAAGAUCCCGAAGCCCUCUUCCAUGUGUUUAUCUGAAACUGACAAUGCAAAUGACACUAAAGAUAAGACCCAGCGACUCCAUAUGCCAGCUGGAGCGUUGGUUGACAUUAGUAACUUCAUGGGCACACAUUCUGGAAAUAUUGACCAUGCUGUUAAUGAGAAGAGAAGAAUUGAGGGAAGAAACACUGCAUCUUCCUUUAAACGCCCCCGCUCUUCCAGAUAAAUCCUUUGAUUUGCAUCCCUGUUAGCAGGCUGUAAACUCCUUGAUGCCAUGCUUUUGCUAUGCCCUUGCUGUCAAUGUGAGUUUGACACUGCAUGUGUUUUGCAUGCUGGCGACGUUUAUUUAUGCAGCAGCAAGGCAGUGGAUCUUUUUUUUCAGACGGAUCUAAAAGGAAGAUGAUUGUCUUCUAGCAGUAAGCUUUUCUUGCCCAACUGCCGGCGAUGACUGCUUUUUAACCGUUACGCCCUUUCUGGAAAUAGAGAAGGUUAUCUCUCUUAAGGAAGCUUACCAUGGAAUAAUGGGUGCUGCUGUUUCUGGAAGCAAUGUAAGAAAAUGUUGGAAGUUCUGCAGAGUUUACUGUCCUCACUGGAUGCUCACUGGUAGUUGUUGAAAUAUGUAUUGUAUAGGGUGUUAUAGCAUGAGCGUGAGUUCGUAUCCUGAUCCGGUUAAGUUAGGCUUGAUCUCCUCUGUACAGGCUGUAGUAAACGUCGAGAUCAAAGCCCAUAACGACUGGUUCGUAACUUCUGUAAUCUCCUGGCCUUGAACCUUUUUAUAACGUGCAUGCAUCCUUGCUGAUAGCAUACACUUCCACCU